GUCCCAUUUUCACUUUUUGGCGUAAUGUAAAUACACGAUUUGACAAAGUUUACCACUAACAGCUAAGAUUUUGGGUUCGAUUAUAUAACACGAUUUUUCUUUGAUAAUUUUGAAAUACGAAUUAGACUUUUACUGCAGUAUGGCUAAAUCAUUAAGAAGUAAGUGGCGACGAAAAUGCCGAGCAGUGAAACGUGAAAGAUAUCAAGUCAAAGAACUUGAGCGCUUGAAGAAAACUUUAGGAAUAGUUGAAAACAGCAACCCAUCAGAUGUUCAAAUGGAACCUGUUGCAGAUAUUGUAACUAUAACAAACAUUAAAGACAAGAUAUCCAAAAAGAAAGAAAUUAACAAAACCCAAAUGCUGAGACGCACAAUAAGGAAACAGAAGUAGAGGAAAUGGAUACUAAUAAAGUUGUGAGGGUUUAUAAUAAACGCACAAUGAGGGAUCAGUUUGGAAAUUACCCUCCUUGGAUGAGUAAGCGGAGCAUUCGCGACAAGAAACGUUUAAAAAAAGGAAAGAA